AUGCGAGCUAUUGGGGAUUUCAUCGUCAAACAUCGCGGCGGUCUUCCGGAUGAGCUCUCUCAUCCCAGGGCCGGUACUUUUAGUAUCACAUUUCGCAUAAAGCUUAAAGAUGGUGGAUCUGCUAUUCUGCGGUUUCCAAACCCCGGUAUAACCAUGUUUCCCGAGGAGACGAUGCAAAAUGAGGUGGCCACUAUGAGAUGUAUUCAGCACCAUACCGCUAUACCAGUUCCGCUUGUAAUGAGCUCGGGAACAAGGGAGGAAAGCCCCCUUCAACUAGGCCCUUUUAUCAUCAUGGAAUACAAACGCCGCCCUCUAUCUGUCCACAUGAACGAGCUAGUGCGGCUGGGAAUGCUGCCGCGAGCAAAGCUGCCCGACUGUACCUUUACAUCUUCUUCGGACUAUUUCCAACGCCUGGCGCAAAUGCACUUUGACCACUUGACGACUCAGCGAAACGAUGCCAUCGAGUCCAGAACGGAUUGCCAGCGCAAGCAGGACUCCCAAUUUUUUGGGCCGGCUUCAAAUGUCGAGGAUGCCUGGCAGCAGAGAUUGGAGCUGCUUAGCGAGGAGUUGCAGGAGAUGGAGGCUUUCGUGGAUAUAAACAUGGCCGAGAUGGACUCGAGACCAUUGGCCUGGGAGCCGGACGAAGACGUUUAUACCAAGAAAGUUGUCCCGGGAAUAUACUUUUCAGGCUGA